UGGUAAUACUUUUUAACCCAUUCAGCAGGAACCUUAAGACAGUCAAAAGUAACAAUCCGAAUCAUUUCAUGAUCAUUUGAAAAGAGAACCCGAAGUAAGAGAUCAUGUGCGCCACUCUGGAAGAAGCUCUGGGGAAUUCAAAGGGUUCUCACUUUUUUUUAAAGCACAUCCUUAUGACUCUCGUGGAGCGUGAGGUCUUUCCGCGAGCCGCCCCGUGCUGCGUGCGAGGCUGAAUUGGAGGCGUGUGCGCCACUGUCUCCCUCCAAAGGCACAGGAAGGGAGGGAAGUCUUGUCCGGUCACAAGUACUCAAUGGUCACGGUGAAGCUGUUAAAAGGCGCUCAGUACGAAACCGGGAGAGCAGAAGCGCACUUGGGACACAGUGGAAAUAUCACCCGAGGACCAAAGGGAAUUAAAUUAAGCACGAGCGUGUUCAGUAGUCUGGGGAUUGAAAAGGAUGUAGCCUGUUAAAGAUGGCGAGUCAUUGUUUGGUGUGGAGCUGUCCAAGGUGGGGAAAUAAUGGAAUGAUGGGAUGAAACACCUGUUACUACGUCCAUCUGUCAAGGAUAAAGAGAUAGCAGUCAGUCUACAGUGUCCGACCUUUCUCAACAUGAGUUAUAAAUAGCGACUACUGAAGAGUUAUCCGUGUUCACUUGUCAGUUUCUGUAACUCUAGUGUUUCUUAAAGUACUUUUUUCUCUGCAUAAUUCUGCUGUAAAAUAAUAAUUUUGUCCAUGUUCGAGUGAUAUUUUGUUAGAAUUAUGCCGUUUCGUGCUUGUAUGCACCGGUGCAACCAAUGAGUCUGAUCAGGCAUCUAAUUAGUUCUGGUCAAUGAUUUACAACCCCAGCCCUUAAGCGCGUCCACACUAACUCAGGAUCGUGAUAUGGACGUGGAAAAACUGGGUCGCGUUGAAAUGCCAGCAGGUGCUCGUAGCCACGCUCGCGCGGCGCACUUCGUGGGUCGUUGAUCCCUGGCACACUACAAGCGCGUCAAUGACGUUGGCUCCGUGGUUGAGGUUGGCACGGCUCGGCCUGCUGGCAGCGUGCACGUACACAUGGCUGUGGGUCCACGGUUGCGGGCCGGGACCGGGUUACGGUAGCCGCCCCAGGCAGCGCAAGCUGACUCCACUGGCUUACAAGCAAUACGUUCCCGGUAUCUCAGAAAACAACUUGGGUGCGAGUGGAAGAGCGGAGGGGAAGAUAACGCGCAAUUCGGAACGCUUCAAUGAACUAGUGUGCAACUACAACCCUGACAUUGACUUCAAAGACGAGGAGCACACCGAAGCAGACCGGUUCAUGUCCAAGCGCUGUAAGGAUUGCCUAAACAAGCUGUCCAUUGCGGUCAUGAACCAAUGGCCAGGUGUUCGACUACGAGUAACAGAGGCCUGGGAUGAGGACGACAAUCACCCACCCGGCUCUCUGCAUUAUGAGGGUCGUGCUGUUGACAUUACCACCUCAGACAGGGAUAUAAAAAAGUAUGGCCUCCUCGCUCAGUUGGCUGUGGAAGCUGGGUUCGACUGGGUGUACUACGAGUCCAAACAUCAUGUGCACUGUUCUGUCAAAGCUGAUCACUCUGUUGCCGUGGAGAAAGGGGGCUGCUUCCCAGCCUCAGGAAUGGUGAUGGUGUCUGGGGGAUUGCUAAAGCCCAUGUCACGCCUGCGCCCUGGAGAUGCCGUGCUAGCCUCGUCCGAGUUGGGUGACGUGGUUUUCAGCCGUGUGCUCCUCUUUUUGCAUCUGGACCCUGAGAGCAGGUCCACCUUCUUGAUUCUCAGCACAGAGGAUGGACGAUGCCUUGCACUUACUUCCAACCACCUCAUAUUUGUGGCUUCCACCAACAAACCGCAUUACCAUGAGUACUAUGCAGACUUUGCAAGUCGAGUCAGGAGGGGAGACUAUGUACUGAUUUCUGGAAGGGAUGGCAGUAUGCGUCCUUCCAAAAUAACCUCAAUUUCACAGGAGGAAAGAUCUGGGGUUUAUGCUCCACUGACAGAACAUGGCAACCUGUUUGUGGAUGGUGUGUUGGUGUCCAGCUAUGCAUCUAUUGAGGAUCACAGACUUGCACAUUGGGCCUUUGGGCCUCUUCGCUUUCUCUUUGGAUUAGUCCAGCUAUUUAUGGGAGAGAAUUCAGAGACGGCAAACCAAGAGAAUGGGACGAGGGUUCAUGGAGCUUGUCCGUCAUCUCCAGUUCUAUCCAGAGGAUAUAUUAACCUGAUGCAUAACAUUACAGGCGUCGUUUACAGUACAAUAAACAAAAUAAACACAAGCUUAAAUAAACCUACAUUUAUGCAAAACUUUGAUUGUGCAGAUGGCACAGAAGUGGGGGUGUACUGGUAUGCAAGAAUCCUACACACUUUUGGUCGGAUGUUUUUAAACCCCCAGAAAUUUUACGAAUAAAAGCCCAAGAAACGUAACAAAUGCCAACUGUCUGUGAGGGUGAUUUAAAUCCUAACCAAAUAAACCGACUCACAGAACAAAAAAUCCAUAUGAAUGAUGAUAAAACUGAUAAAACUAUUCAUCUGUUAUGACAUAAUUAAUUUCAUUUAUAUUAUAUUUUUGUUGUGGUCAGGCAUACAUGUGAAGUACACUGUAUAACAAAUGGUUAUUCAAUAUUGCACAUAUUGGUGUGAAAUUCAAAUUAAUUUUUUUUUAUACCAACGAGAACGUAUUUCAUAGAGCAAAACUAUUUAUUUUUAUAUAUUUGAAUGUAUAAUAUAUACACAUGCUAAAUAAUCUAUUGACUUUUUUUAUUAUACCUGUUCUCCAGACUAAUAAGUAACAGACAAAUGGUAUUUUUGAUGAUAAAUUGUAUGCUAAUAUUCCAUGGGAAUUCUAAUUUGUCUCAAAAUUAACCCAACUGUGUUACUUUACCAUUAGGCAUCAUGUAAAUGUAUCACAUUGAAACUGUCAGACUUUUAAUGCCUCAAUUGGGAAUCGGUGUAACUGGCAGGCCAGUUUUAGUACUGCAAGAACCAAGGGUUUAAAUAAGAGUGCACUUGUAAAAUAUUUACAUGUUCUGUGUCUGGGAGUUCCGAGCUAGCCCAGUGCAGCUGGGAUGAUGUUUCAGCCAUUCCUCUUUGGG